ACAACUCCCCCCCCUCCCGCGUAGACAGCAGUGUUCUGCCUAUUUAUAUUUGUGAGUUUUGCUUUUGAUAAACUAAAUCCAGCAAAUCUAUAAAACUUCUCUCUCUUGAAGAAGUAUAAGAGCAAAACCAGAAUUUAGAACUAUACAUAUUCAUACUAGGAUCAAAACUGACCAGAUUUAUCUAUUUUUAUCUUUCAAUUGUUUUAAUAUCUCAAUUAACUUGAAUAGAUAUUGUUUCAACUUUCAACCGGUUUUUCACAAGAGUCAUUCAAAAACUUGUUUCGACCUACUCAUCAUUGUUAUACAUUCUGCGCUCAUAUUUACAUGAUAAUUAUUUUAGUAUUUAAUAGAGUUCCCGAUUAUUCCGGGAUUAGUUAUGACAACAAGUGAACUAUAUUCAAAGGGUGCUCGCAUCUGGAUACCUGAUCCUGAACAUGUAUGGGUUGGUGCACAAGUUGAAAAAUUUGAAAAAGAGGAACUAAGCGUUGAGCUAGAAGAUGGGCGGAAGCAGACAAUUAAAAUCAAAUCAGAGGAUCAGUUACCUCCUUUAAGAAAUCCUGAUAUAUUAAUUGGUGAAAAUGAUCUUACAUCCUUAUCAUACUUGCAUGAACCUGGAGUUCUCUACAAUCUACAAGUGAGGUUCUGCAACCAAAAUGCAAUUUAUACAUAUUGUGGUAUUGUGUUGGUGGCGAUCAAUCCUUAUGAGACCCUCCCUAUUUAUGGCACUGACACUAUCAUGGCAUACAGGGGUCAGUCUAUGGGUGACCUUGACCCUCACAUAUUUGCAGUCUCUGAAGAAGCUUAUACACAAAUGGAAAGAGAAAGCAAAAAUCAGUCGAUCAUCGUGAGUGGUGAAUCCGGAGCAGGCAAAACUGUGUCAGCAAAAUAUGCAAUGCGUUAUUUUGCGACUGUCGGAGGAUCAUCAGAAGAGACGCAGAUUGAAAAAAAAGUUUUAGCUUCCAAUCCAAUUAUGGAGGCAAUAGGAAAUGCUAAGACGACACGAAAUGACAAUAGCUCAAGAUUUGGAAAGUAUAUUGAAAUAGAUUUUAAUUCAAGAUAUAAUAUUAUUGGGGCAAACAUGCGAACAUAUUUGUUAGAAAAGUCUAGAGUCGUCUUUCAAGCUUCAGAUGAGAGAAAUUAUCACAUUUUCUACCAACUUUGUGCAUCCUCUGAACUUGAAGAGUUACAGGAUCUACAGUUAGGUGACAGCUCGUACUUUCAUUACACCAACCUUGGAGAGGCUCCUGAAAUCUCUGGAGUGGAUGAUGCAAAAAAUUUUCAAGACACAAAAAAUGCAUUCUCCUUAUUAGGAUUCUCCCAUGCUCAACAAAUGAUGAUAUUUAGAAUUCUUUCUGCCAUUUUGCACCUUGGCAACAUUCAUGUAAUGAAAGGAGGCAAAAAUCAAGAUGAUGCAGAUAGUUCAGCCAUUCCAGAUAGUGAUCCCCACCUAGUCAGUAUGUGUGAUCUUCUGGGCAUUGAUUGUGAUCAAAUGAACACUUGGUUAUGCAACAGAAAAAUACAAAGCAUGAGAGAAGUUAUAACAAUGCCUCUACCUCACUCACAGGCAUUGUUUGCGAGGGAUGCCCUUGCCAAACAUAUCUAUUCACAAUUAUUUGAAUGGAUUGUGAAACAGAUCAACAAGUCCCUUGCGUCUAAUAAAAAGAUUCACAAGUUUAUUGGCGUUUUAGAUAUUUACGGGUUUGAAACUUUUGAAAUCAAUAGUUUUGAGCAGUUCUGUAUUAAUUAUGCAAAUGAAAAACUACAACAGCAGUUCAAUAUGCAUGUGUUCAAACUAGAGCAAGAGGAGUAUGUUCGUGAGACCAUAGAAUGGAAGUUCAUAGAUUUUUAUGACAAUCAACCCUGUAUAGACCUCAUCGAGAGUAAAUUAGGAAUUCUUGAUCUUUUGGAUGAAGAAUGCAAAAUGCCGAAAGGUUCAGAUGAGACUUGGUGUCAGAAACUGUUUUCUCAGUGUAAGAAGUGGAAGCAUUUUGAAAAACCCAGACUCUCAAAUACAGCUUUUAUUGUCCAUCAUUUUGCAGACAAAGUGAAAUAUGAAGUCUCAGGUUUUUUAGUAAAGAAUAGAGACACUGUCAUGGAGGAACACAUCAACAUACUUAAAGCUAGUCAAUAUGAAUUGGUUGGAGAGCUCUUUGAAGAACAGAAGGAAAAUAACAGCCUGAAACCGGUUGCCAAAGUAAGAUCAGCUGCUCCUCCUCUCAAAAGCGGGCAGAAACAACACAAGAAAACUGUCGGAUCUCAGUUUCGUGAUUCAUUGUGUCUUUUGAUGUCGACUCUCAAUGCAACAACUCCUCACUAUGUGCGCUGCAUUAAACCCAAUGAUCAGAAGGAAGCUUUCCUGUUUGAACCUCGUAGGGCAGUACAACAGUUAAGAGCCUGUGGAGUCUUAGAAACCAUCCGAUUGAGUGCAGCUGGCUAUCCAUCAAGGUGGACGUACCAAGAUUUCUUAAACCGCUACCGAGUUUUGACAUCCUCGAAAGAUAUCAAGCGUUCUGAUCUGAAAACGACCUGCCAAAAAAUAUUGGAAAAUUUAGUUCAUGAAGAAGACAAGUUUCAGUUUGGAAAGACAAAGAUAUUCUUCCGCGCUGGACAGGUGGCCUACUUGGAAAAGCUUAGAGCUGAUAAGUUGAGAGCAUGUGCUGUCAUGAUCCAGAAACACAUCAGAGGAUACUUAUGCAAACACAAGUACAGGCAGAUAAGAAAAACUUGCGUACUCAUUCAGAAGUACGGGAGAGGUCUGCUGGGCAGAAGGUAUACUAUGUUCCUUCGUCAAACAAAGGCAGCCAUCAUCAUUCAGAAAAAUAUUCGUAUGUUUGUUUGUCGCAAUAGAUAUCAGCGCAUAUCUCGAACUGUUCUUGGGUUACAAACUCUUGCAAGAGGUAAAUGGGCAAGACUGAAGUUCGUACACUUGCGAAAGGAGGCUGCUGCUGUCAUCAUACAGAAACAUAUCCGAGGUUUCCUUGCUCAAUCAAAAUACAGAAAAUCACUCAAGUCAAUUAUUGUGGCUCAGUCUGCAGUGAGGAGAUGGUUUGCAAGAAAGGAAUUGAAGAAGUUGAAGAUCGAAGCAAAAAAAGUGGAGCAUGUUAAAAAAUUGAACAAAGGCUUGGAAAAUAAAAUCAUUUCACUACAACAAAAGAUUGAAGAACUUCUUGUUGUAAAUAAGAACCUCCAGACAAAACAAGUGGAUACAAAAGAAGUGACAGCACAAAUGGAACAUGUUAAAGAGUUAGAAACCACAGUUAAGGCUUAUGACAACAGAGUUGCAGAAUUAGUACAAACUGUGGCUUCACUUAAAUCACAAAUAGAAUUGCUCAGAAAUGAGAAAGAAGAUAUUAUAGCGGAGAAAGAUUUGUUAAAACUAGAAAAAGAUGAGAUUGUUGAACAUUUGAACAAGGAUAACAUCAGAUUGAAGGAUGACUUAAAUAAACUGAAUGAAAAGAUCAAAUCACAAGAAAAAAGUGCAAUAGAUGUGCUGGAGAGUGAGAAGCGCCUUCUUCUGGAAGAAUUCUCUGCAGAGCGUGCAGCCUAUCAGAAGCUCCUCAAGGAACAUGCACGACUGGAGCAACGAUUUGAGAACCUUCAGAAUGAAAUGUCGAGGAUACGUGGCUCCUCUGGUGGUCACAAUCGCACUCUCUCCAAUGUCAGCAUCUGCAGCGUUAAGAGCGACGUCACCGCAGAACUCCAUGAUGAGGAUGCUGGCUAUGGAUCUAUCAGAACAAAAGAUAAAGAAGAACAUCGGAAACUGGAAGAUGCACAAUGGGGAAGUCCAGGCGAGGAAGCAAGAGGAGAUUCGGAAGAUUCUACGAAAGAUUUGGUAGAUGUUACUUUGGUGCUCAAACUUCAGCAAAAGUUGAAGACAUUAGAGAGUGAAAAAUCCAGACUCACAAAGAAACUGGAAGACAUUGAAGCUAAAGAAGAAGAUUCGUUGAAAGAAGAGAAAUAUAUUAGGGACACAAUAAGACUUCAAGAUUUAGAAAUGGAGAAUUCAAAACUGAAAAGUGAUAUAGUGAAACUGAGAGAAUCUUUAGCUAAAGAGGAUCCCACAAACAAGGCUCAGGAUCUACUUGAACAAUUUGAAGUAAUGCAAGAAGAACUUGAGAGAAGAAGAGAAGAAUGUAUUCAACUACGAACUAUUCUUGCAGAUCGAAAUCUUCCACUCCCUAUAGGAGGAGGUGAAGUAAUCAAUGAGGAUGGAGAACUUCUCAUGGCAUUUGAAACUCAGAAAAUUAUAAUCAGACAACAAGAAGCAGAAAUACAGUCAGUGAAAAGCGAAUCUCAGAAAGUAGAGAAAGAGCUUAGACAUGAACUUCAAAAGUUACAGGAAGACAAUGAAAGACAACAGAAACUUCUUAGCCAGAAUUUGAAGAAAACUCCUCAGGCUCAAACAGAAGCUAUAUUGCAACAUGAAAUUAAUAGAUUGACUGGUGAAAAUGUGGAUCUUCGAGAAAAAAUCGAUAACCUGACAGAGCAAACCAAAAAAUUUAAAAAGCAAUUGAAAAUUUAUGCAAAGAAAGCAAAAGAUACAGGCAAACCUUCUUCUGCGUCAAUCAGUCCUCACAGUGGUGAACCCAUGGAUAUUGAAGGAGGCAAAGAAAAAACAAAUGACAUGCCCCUCAUAAAGCACAAAGAUGUUGAAUACCUUGGAAUGUUUGAAUACAAGACUCAGGAUGAGCCAACCAUCAUUAAAAAUUUAAUUUAUGAUAUGAAGCCAAAAAUCGCUGCAACUUUAGUACCUGGUUUGCCAGCUUACAUAUUAUUUAUGUGUAUUCGACAUACAGAUUACAUGAACGAUGACGAAAAAGUUAGGAGUCUACUAAAUAACACAGUACAUGGAAUAAAAAGAGUUAUCAAGAAACGGCACGAAGAAUUAGAUUAUUCGAUCGUGUGGCUUGCCAACACCUGUCGGCUUUUGCACAACCUCAAACAGUACAGUGGAGAUAAAGCCUUCCAAAUGGAAAAUACGCCAAAGCAAAAUGAGCAGUGCCUGAGGAAUUUCGAUCUCUCCGAAUACAGGCAGGUGCUGAGUGAUGUUGCUGUCUGGAUCUAUCAAGCUGUCAUCAAACUUAUGGAAGAAAGAGUUCAGCCUUUAAUUGUGCCUGCAAUACUUGAACACGAAGCUAUCCGUGGCAUGUUUGGUAACAAACCAUCAGGUAUGAGAGGCAGAUCAUCUAGCGUUGCAAGAGAGAUUGAGUCACCCGUGGACCCUCAAGCAGCACUUGACACUCUUUUACGAGAGAUGGGUGUAUUCUUUAAAGUACUCAGCAUUCACGGAGUAGAUCCUGAACUUAUAUGUCAAGUGUAUAAACAACUUUUCUACUUUAUCUGUGCUGGUGCUCUGAAUAAUUUACUUCUAAGAAAAGAUAUGUGCCAUUGGUCUAAAGGCAUGCAAAUUAGGUACAACCUGAGCCACUUGGAACAGUGGUUUAGGGAUCAACAUAUGCAAGACUGUGGAGUUAUUGAGACUCUCCAACCCAUUGUGCAAGCGUCUCAACUACUUCAAGCUCGCAAGACAGACGAAGAUAUUCAAAGCGUCUGUGACAUGUGUGAUAAGCUUACUACUUCCCAAAUUAUCAAGAUCCUCAAUUUGUACACUCCAGCUGAUGAAUACGAGACCCGUGUACCUGUGUCCUUUAUUCGCAAGAUACAGGCUUGCCUUCAAAAGCGGGAUGAAGAGAGGCUAGCUGCUGGUCAGUCUCCAGCCAUGGGACCAAGCACUCUUCUUAUGGAUACCAAAUAUGCCUAUCCUAUACGAUUUCCCUUCAAUCCUUCCAACAUUCAACUGGAGGAUAUCGUCAUUCCAGAACUACUAGACCUACACCACCUCUUGAAGAAAGUCUAAAGCUUUUAUUUUGUUAUUCACUACAGUUCAAAGAUUAGUUUAAUGAGUAACAAAAAAUUUUUGAAUAGUUCAAUAAUUUAUUACAUUUUAAGAAUUAAAUAAAACAUUCCCUCUCUCUCUUUUUUUUUUUUU